AAAAAAUUAGUAAAAGAGAUUGCAAGCAAAUCAUGGAAUAAAAAAUUGUUUUUUAAAAAUGUUCUCGCAAUGAAUUAGCUUAUUAAUUAAAUAUAUUUAGUAGAAUUUAUGCUCUUAACUUUAGUGACGAGACUCGAUAAGCUGAAAACUAAAAUUAUGUUAAAUUUGAUUCUAAGAAGUAAAAAGAGGUUAAAGAAAAGCUUAUAUAAUAGGGUUAUAUAGUUUAGGAAAUACCUUCUUGGAUAAAUUUUGCUUUAGAAUACUUAGAAAACAAAUAUUAAUAAUAGAAUAUUUUAGGAAAGAAAACAUUCCAAGAUAAUCAUUUACUAUAGUAUCAAUAAGACGCAAUCAAAUUGAUAAUCCAAAGAAAUGGAAACACAAUUUUGGCUGAUGAAUAAUUUUUAGGAAAGUCCUUAAUUGCUCUUAAAGUAGCAUAAGAAUAUAGAAUAGCUUGGCCUUUGCUAAUUGUUACAUCUGGGUUUAAAAAAUAACAAUGGUUAGAAUAUGUUAAAGAUUACAUUCAAAAUAUUAAUGAAAAUGAUAUUUUAAUAAUUGACAAAUCAUCCUAAUAAGUAGAAAAAAAAUACUAAGUUGUUAUAAUUUAAUAUGAAGUUUGUUCCAAAUUUGUAAAGUAUUUGUAACAAUUCUAAAUUGCUAUUGCUGAUGAUGUGCAUUAACUAAAAUGCUAUUCUACAUAAAAAUCAUAAGCUUUAAUUCCUAUUCUUUCUCAAAUGAAGCAUAAAAUUUUGAUCACAAAUAAAUUCUAAGAAUUAAAGCCAAAGCAUGUUUAUAAUCUUCUAAAAAUUAUGUUUCCAAUUUUCUUUAAAUAUACAAAAUUGUUUCUAGAAAGGUUUUGUGAUCCAAGACCAUCUUAGUUCAUGUAAGGAAAGUUUGAUUAUGAAGGAGUUAGCUGUGGUAUUGAAUUAGAUUACAUAUUGAGUCUCUGUGUUAUUAAAAGAAGCUUUCAAGAUGUUUACAAUUAGCUUCCUUAAUUAAUCUAUAAAAAGGUUUACUUAAAAGAAGAAUCUUCUAAAUAGAUUCAAAAGAUUCAGCAAUUGUUUUAAAUGAAAAGAAUUUAAAAUAUUAUUUAACUUCUUAUUAAUAUUAAAAGACAGAAUGCUUAAAUUCCUUUGCCAGAAUAGAAAAUUAUUUCUGAUGAACUUCUUGAAUUACAAACUCUUAGUUGGCAGGCAAAAGGAAAGUCUAUUCUUAAAUUUUUUAAGGAUUUAUAGUUGAAAAAUGAAAAACUAUUGAUUGUUGUUAAAUUUGAUUCAACUAAAUAAAUUUUAUCAAAAUUAUUAAAAGAUUUAUCGCUAAAUUUUUAUCUCAUUUAGAAUAUGUCUCAGUUAAUUGAGAAUAUAGAAUAAGAAAAUAAUGUUUAGAAAAAUAAAGACUCUCCAUUGUAUUAUAUCAUAGACUAUGAUAUACAAAUACCUCAAUCACUUCUCAAUGUUGAUUAUAUCAUAUUUGUUGAAUUUGAUUUGUUCUUUUUUCAAUUUUAGAAAGCAAUUUAGAUUGCUAAUAGCAAAAAUAAAAAAAUUAAAUGUCUAUUUUUAAUGAAUUCAGGAUCUCUUGAUGAACUUAUUUAUAAAAUACUGUUUUAAGAGACUAAUUUAGAGAAUAUUUAGUAAUUAUUAAGAGAAAGUUCUGUAAAAAAGUAAUUAAUCUCUAUUCCAUCAACUAAAGUUAAAAUUAAAAAGAAAACAUCAUAAAUAUAAACUGAAAAAACAUAUUAAAAUGAGAAAUAACAAACAAUCGAUAAAUAUAUUUUUAAAUCCGAAAUAAAUUGCCAUCAUUCAAUUUAAACUUCUUCAGAUUAAAUGUUUUAUUUUAGUAAUGGUGAUAUUGAAGAGAAUUCUUAAAAAUAAAUAAGUGAAACAAAUGAAAAAAGCUGUAAAUCAUAAUUGAAACCAAAUACAAAAAGAAAUCUAAAUGAGGAAUUUGACAAUAUUGAAUAUAUUACACCUUAAAAGAUUGUUAUAAAAGAAUAACUUGAGUAAUAAUAAAGAAAUAAAUCUUAAAAAAAUAGCAGUGGUCUAAUUAAAAUGAUAGAUAUUGGAACAAAUUAAAUUACCUCAUUUGAUACUUUUAUGAAAACUGAUUAAAGCAAUUUUAAUUUAUUAGAAAACCCUGUAAAAGAUGAAAAUCUGUAAAUUUUAGAAUAAAAAAGUUAAAAUUCCUCUUUAAAUUAAUAAAAUAUUUAGAAAUCAAAAAAUAAAACUAUUUUUCCAUUCAAAAGUGUUAAACUAAACUUGCAAACUUAAUUUAAUCAAGUAAGCUAGAUUGAUAAGCUAAAUAAUCCUAAUAAUGACGAAAAAAUAUAAGAUGAGUAGUUAUAGAAGUUAAUUUAUUCAAAAUAAACAAAUUAAACUAUUAACUUAUCUUAAAAGAGCAAAUAAAAAGAUAAAUAAAUCUAGAUUAAUUAGAUUAAUGAUAAAUUUUAGGAUUUAAAUAAACCUAAAUAAGCUGAAGAAUUUCAAUAAAUUUCAAAAAUACAUUCACCAAAAAACAUCAUUUAUAUUAAAAAUGACUCUAAUUCUGAGUAAGAUUAGAAAAAAAGUUAUGGUGAAAAUUUUAAAUAGAAAUUAACUAGUAUAUCAUAUUAAAAUAAUAAAUAAAUUAUUUAAAAUGAUUUAAGCAAUAAAGAAAUAAUGCAAAGCAAAUAAUUAAAGUAAUAAGAAAAAACGUAAAAUUUGUUGUAAGGAAAACUAAACUAGGGAAUUAGUAUAAAAGAAUUACUAAAGUAAAAACAAAAUUUUGAUGUGAAGAAGCAGAUAAAUGUUUUGUUAAGGUAAUGCUUGAGUAAAGAACCUGUGAAUAAUUUUAAAAAUGAUCCAAUAUUAGAAAAUCUUUCCAAUUCUAUAAAUAAAGAUAUUGCUAAAUUAUUAAAAGAUUCUUAUAGUGAGCAAAAUAAAUAUUAACAGUAUUAAAACAAUAUUUAAAGUAAAGAGGUAGAUUUAAAUAAUUAAAAUUAAGGUACAUUUGAACUAAUAGAUUAGUUUUACAAUAUGUAUUAAGUAAAAGAUAAUAUUGAACUUAUAACUUAAUAACCUAACUAAAUUGAGAGAAAAUCAUAAGAAAAUAUAGACGACCAUAAAAAAGUUUAAUAAAUUGAAAAAAAAUUUGAAGAAAAAAAAAUUAUUAUUGUUGAUCACACAUUUGAUAUAUUUUUGCAUUAAAUAUGAAUAAAACAAAAUAAUUCUAAUUUUUAAUUUUUCUGAUUUUAUUAAUAAAACUGACUUGCACAAACAUUCAAAUCUUCACUAUUUAGUUUUAUAUUAUAAUAUUAAAAGUUGGGCUAUUUUAUAUUUUUCAGGAUUUAUCUGCUAUAUAAUUUUUGUGAAAAAAUAAAUAUUAAAUUUUGAUCUUAAGAAUAAAAUUAAUUUACGUAUUUCUGUCCUUAUGCA